CCCUCUCCCGCGCGCUCUGCUGCUACCUCUGCCGCCUUCUGCUCCUCUGCGCUCGGCUCUGCUCCGCUCCGCUGAUCUCCGUCGGCUGUGUUCCGUCUGCGCCGCUCGGUGCUUAGGCGCAGGCCGCCAUGAGGCUGCGGGGCCGCGGACCACGGGCCGCCCCCUCCUCCAGCUCAGGGGCAGGCGACGCGCGGCGGCUAGCGCCCCCGGGGCGGAACCCCUUCGUGCACGAACUGCGGCUGAGCGCCCUGCAGAAGGCCCAGGUGGCUUUCAUGACGUUGACGCUGUUCCCUAUCCGGCUCCUGUUCGCUGCUUUCAUGAUGCUACUGGCCUGGCCCUUUGCACUUGUGGCCUCCCUGGGACCGCCUGAUAAGGAGCCAGAGCAGCCCAUGGCCUUAUGGAGGAAGGUUGUGGACUUUCUACUCAAGGCCAUUAUGCGCACCAUGUGGUUUGCUGGCGGAUUCCACCGUGUGGCCGUGAAGGGGCGGCAGGCCCUGCCUGCGGAGGCCGCCAUCCUCACGCUGGCUCCACAUUCCUCCUACUUUGAUGCCAUCCCUGUCACCAUGACCAUGUCCUCCAUUGUGAUGAAGGCGGAGAGCAGAGACAUCCCAAUCUGGGGAACUCUGAUAAGGUACAUUCGGCCAGUGUUUGUGUCCCGGUCUGACCAGGACUCUCGCAGGAAAACAGUGGAGGAGAUCAAGAGACGGGCACAGUCGGAUGGAAAGUGGCCUCAGAUAAUGAUUUUUCCAGAAGGAACAUGUACAAAUCGGACCUGCCUCAUUACCUUCAAACCUGGUGCGUUCAUUCCUGGAGUUCCUGUCCAGCCUGUGGUGCUACGCUACCCAAACAAGCUGGACACCAUCACAUGGACGUGGCAAGGACCCGGAGCGUUGAAAAUCCUGUGGCUCACUCUGUGCCAGUUUCAAAACCAGGUGGAAAUUGAGUUCCUGCCCGUGUAUUGCCCUUCUGAGGAGGAGAAGAGAAAUCCUGCCCUAUAUGCCAGCAAUGUGCGGCGCGUCAUGGCCAAGGCUCUGGGAGUCUCGGUAACCGACUACACCUUUGAGGAUUGCCAGCUGGCUUUGGCAGAAGGACAGCUCCGCUUGCCCGCUGACACCUGCCUACUAGAGUUCGCCAGGCUCGUGAGGGGCCUCGGAUUGAAACCAGAAAAUCUUGAGAAAGAGCUAGACAAAUAUUCAGAGAGUGCAAGAAUGAAGAGAGGAGAGAAAAUUGGGCUUCCAGAGUUUGCAGCCUACUUGGAGGUUCCUGUCUCAGAUGCAUUGGAGGACAUGUUCUCACUGUUUGAUGAGAGCGGUGGCGGUGAGAUAGACCUCCGUGAAUAUGUGGUCGCCUUGUCCGUGGUGUGCAGGCCAUCCCAGACCCUGGCCACCAUCCAGCUGGCAUUCAAGAUGUAUGGAUCACCUGAGGAUGGCAGCAUAGAUGAGGCCAACCUGUCCUGCAUCCUCAAGACCGCACUGGGUGUAUCAGAACUAACAGUGACUGACUUGUUCCAGGCUAUUGACCAAGAGGAGAAGGGAAGAAUCACAUUUGAUGACUUCCGCGAGUUUGCAGAAAUGUACCCCGACUUCGCGGAGGACUAUUUGUACCCUGAUCAGACACAUUUUGACACCUGUGCACAGACACCCCCAGCACCAACUCCCAAUGGCUUCUGCAUUGACUUCAGCCCUGAAAACUCAGACUUUGGGAGAAAGAAUUCUUGUAAGAAAGUGGACUAGAAUGGGCGAUUCUGGAGGGAUGAGGCCCCUCCUGCAUCACCGCCCGACUCCAGUGGCCUAGAGCCUGUGUGUGUGCUGUGCCAUCUGCAUCUCCCUGUCUUCCCACGCCAUCUCUUUCUGUCUGCAGACCCGAGGUCCAAAAGACUUCUGAUGUAUUUGUUUUCUGUCUCAGGGCCCAGCUGGGCAUUUGCAGGGAAGCUGUGUGUAUAUCCCACCUGCCUAUUGCAGGCAGGCAGGCGGGUGGGUGCUCGGGACCUCCCUGUGGAGCGGGACUCCACAGGCUGAGUGGGCACAGGUCUGGCCGUGUGACUCACCUCGAAUACGCUGGUCUUGAGUGUGUGUCAAUCUUUCUCCUUGUUGUCUGUAUGGUGUGCACAGUGUGGGGGUCUGCACACACACGCUGCACACACCUAUCCUAGAACAGUCACCUUGUCCUGCUUCUGUGCCUCUGCCAUCUCUGGCUCACCAUGUGAGGGGACAUCACCCGAUAAGUGUUUCUGUGUUUGUGCAGGAGCCUGUGACUAUUUUAUAAACCUCACUUAGGUACUUUGGAAAACAUUCAACAUUUUUUUAAAAAAGAAAGAAAAUUGGUUUUCUACUCCAUUUUUUGUGUUAGUUUAUGGAUAUUUAUUUCCAGGCUUGUUUUUGAUAGCUUCUGAGGCUGUCUCCGGUGGCCACAGUUUAAAGGGUCUCUCUGCCUCCUCCCAUUUAGGUCCAUGGGACACUUAGCUGCAAAGACUGGCCCCAGCAUCCUCUGCUUUCCUUAAGCCUUCCUGAAUCCCCAUCUUUUUUUUUUUUUAUAUAAACAUUGCCAAUUCGGUAUUUCAGUUUCAAUAUAACAAAAUCUACUUCAUGUAACUGAGAGCAUUGAAUGUGAGUAAAGAAUCAGGCAGUGGGAAAGAACUGGAAGGCAUCCCCUUGUCUUGAUGAUGUCAUUAUGAUGUCAUUCUAGACCUCGGAGCAGACAUACUGAGAUGAGCCAGGAGGUCCUCUCCUAACAUGGUGACUAAGGAAAGCAGCCACCCUCUGAGCACAGGUGUCCUUCUGUGGGGAUGACAGCUGCAGGGGACAGACCACACAGUUUACUGCGCUUGGCCACCCCUUGAAGUCAGGAAGGAACAGGGUCCAGGCUGUCCCCUUUGGCAUUACCUGGUUUCAUCUUUUUAUAUGACAAACUCAUCCUUAAAGCACAACAGUGACCGUAGGUUUAGUUUGUUUUGUAAGCAAUGGUUGCUUUGUAACUUUGUUUUUUACUCCUAAAUUAGAUUUUUACAUCCGGGGCAUUGCUAUAAAAAAUGACCACCAGGUUAGUAAGUGCAGGAACAGGUGUUUACUAACUUUCUCAGAGAGAGUGUUAGUGUGUGCUUCCCCCAAGAGAAAUACGUAAACAGAGCCCCUCAACCUCAGCCACACAGCGCCACACUGCCGCAGGAUGGGCAGGGAGCUUGGAUUCUGGGCUCUUAGCUUGUUAGGUAUGAAUGAAAUGUGAACACAGCCUUUGUAGCCAACGGGUUGGUUUUUAUAACUGUAGAGUACAAAUUUCCAGAAGAGAAAAGCCACGAAAAGGCCAAUGAAGGAGAUUAAUGAACUAAGAUGUCCUGAGGUUGGGGCUCUGCCCCUCCGUCUGCAAGUGAAGGAUUCCUGUGGAAUGCCCCUGGGCACAUUGAGAGAAUCCUGAGCAGACCUGGGAUGGAGUUCAUUCUCCUGAUUACUCUUGAUAGCAACCUCAGUCCGCGCUCAGAACUGUGAAUGUACAGAGCAAGCAGGGGCUGGGGCUGUGCCCGCCCUGCCUGCAGGCUCCUUUGGGGUGCGGUCUUCAGGUUUUAGGUGGAAUAAACACAACACAACGCAAA